AUUUUAUUUUAAACAGACUACACAGUAUAUUUUAAACAAGUGACCUGAUUUUUUGUGUAUGGUUUGUCCAAAAAAAAUAUUUGAAUAGUUACCGGUACUAUCGAGAAUGGUAUUUAUCAUUUUUGUAUAAAAUUUACAAUGAAACCAUUUUUAAUAUUUAUUUUGUGUUCAGUAACCUGUAAUUGUGCAUAUGGGAUUGCAGCUGAAGAGACUCCAAUAAUUUUCCCAGACACCUGCCCAAAAACCGAAUACAAUCCAAACAACUUGGCCAGCUCUAUAAUACAAGAUAUCAAGACAUCAGUCCUGCUUGCAGAAUGUUUGCUGGCUAACUCAACAAAUUACCCAGACUACUACAGACCUCACGAUGGGGAAGAGUUUGAUUUCAUCAUUGUAGGAUCAGGAUCUGCAGGUGCUGUGAUUGCGAACAGGUUAUCCGAGGUACCUUCCUGGAGAAUCCUGCUGCUUGAAGCUGGUGGGAAUCCAGAAGAAACAACGGAAAUCCCAGGAUUAUAUGGUGCAUUGCAGAAGACUCGUUAUGACUGGCAAUAUCAUACUGACUCUGCUGAAGACAAUUGUCUGGCCAUGGUGAAUAACAGCUGUUUUUGGCCCAGAGGAAAGGUUCUUGGAGGUUCUAGCACAAUCAAUGGCAUGAUCUAUGUCAGAGGAAACAAAGAAGAUUACAAUGGAUGGGCUAGGGCAGGGAAUGAAGGAUGGGACUAUGAGAGCGUGCUUAAAUACUUCAAAAAGAGUGAAAACAUUGAAGCGGAAGAAGUUUUAAGACACAAUAACUACAAACAUUUUCAUGGUGAAGGUGGAUAUUUGACUGUUGGAUCUUUUAUUGACGAUUAUGUAAAAGAUUUGGUCAACGCACACACGAAAGGUAUGGAAGAACUAGGAUACAAAGCAAAUUACGACUAUAACGGUGAAUCACAAACAGGGUUUGCCAAGCUACAAGGAACGAUUGUUGGAAGUAGAAGAUGUAGUACAGCCAAAGCGUUCCUAAAAGAAUUCACAACCCGUAAAAACCUCUUAGUCUCUAGAUACUCACUGGCAACUAAGGUUUUGAUUGAGAAAGAUUUGAAGACAGCACAGGGAGUAAAAUUUUUGAAUUAUAAUAACGAAGAGAUAACUGUUAAAGCGAAGAAGGAAGUAAUUAUUUCUGCCGGAGCAAUAAAUUCACCACAGCUUCUCAUGCUCUCAGGAAUUGGGCCAAAACAACAUCUGGAGGAGUUAGGAAUUGAUGUGAUUGAAGAUUUGCCAGUUGGGCAUAACCUACAAGAUCACAUGUUGAUGACUGGAUUGCUCUUUUCAUACAAUUUUUCAAGGCCUCUUAAAACAUUGACAGACCGUAUGUAUGAAUAUUUAAUGUCACCUUCUACGAGUCAACUGUCCAGUACAGGUAUGCUGAGCUAUUCUGGUUUCAUAAAUACUGUUGAUGCUGUUUCUGAUAUUCCUGACAUUCAAACCCACCACUACGAUAUUGAUGUUAACGACACUUCGUUACUCACAAGUGCUUUGGCAGGGUUUGGUAUACGGGAUGAAAUUAUUAAAUCAUUCCUGGAUAUAAAUUCCAAAAGAUUUGUAACACCAGUAAUGCCGACAUUAUUGAAGCCUCAUAGCAGAGGUCGGAUCCUGUUGAGAUCUACAAAUCCAAAAGACAAGGUUAAAAUUUUGACUAGCUAUUUGACUGAUGAACAUGAUGUAGAAACGCUUUUACGAGCCACUGAAUUUCUAUCAAAGCUAGCGGCAACCAAAGGUAUGGAAUUGUUGGACACCAAGUUUCAUGAAAUUGUUUCUCCUGCUUGCUCCAAGUAUGUGGUGUCUUCAAGAGACUUCAGGAUUUGUUCUCUUAAACACUUUGUGACGACAUGUUACCACCCCACCUCCACCUGCAAGAUGGGACCUGCUGAUGAUCCUACGUCCGUGGUCAACCCUCAGUUGCAGGUGAAGGGGGUGAGACACCUCAGAGUUGCUGAUGCUUCUAUAAUGCCAGACAUUGUGAGAGGCAACACCAACGCUCCUUCCAUCAUGAUUGGAGAGAAGGCUGCCGAUCUUGUUAAACAAACGUGGUCGUGAUUCAAUUUAAAGAUUGAAAGUUUUCUUGUUACUAAAGAAGCAGAUUCAAUAUGUAUAUUUGAAUAUUUUUCAAGUAUACAAUUCAACAAAUGUAUAGACUUGUCUUGUAUGUAAUCAAACUUUUUUUAGUACUAAAAAAGAGUUAAGUGACUAUGACGCAGAAACACAUUUUUUUAUUGUAUAUUAAAAAUAGUAGGGAUUUAAAUGUGUUUACUGCAUUAA